ACGCCUGCCGAACGGAUGGAGGGGUGCCCGGAGAGCUCGGCAGGGCCGGGCCCCUCCCACCUGGUGGGGGGCGGGGACCGAGGUGUCCGCGGGCGCCCCCAGUGGCUGCGGGUCGCGCGCGCACUUCGUUCUCCACUCACGCAGAGAAGGAGGAUUUCAGAGGGGUUCGCGAUGCUGGCGACGCUGGCGACGCUGGCGAGGGUCGCGGCUCUGCGGAGAACCGGCCUUCUCUCCCGCCGGAGUGGCGGGAGGGGGCUGUGGACCGGCCACCCGCAGUCAGAUACUGACAAUAUGAAGCCAUUGGAGGGUGUAAGAAUUCUGGAUCUAACAAGAGUACUGGCGGGACCUUUUGCUACUAUGAAUUUAGGAGAUCUUGGAGCAGAAGUUAUAAAAGUGGAAAGACCAGGAGCUGGUGAUGAUACACGAACUUGGGGUCCACCUUUUGUGGGGACAGAAAGUACUUAUUUUCUCAGUGUUAACCGAAAUAAAAAAAGUAUAGCUGUUAAUAUCAAGGAUCCAAAAGGGGUGAAAAUCAUCAAAGAGCUUGCAGCUGUUUGUGAUGUAUUUGUGGAAAACUAUGUCCCUGGCAAAUUGUCUGCAAUGGGGCUGGGCUAUGAAGAUAUAGACGUGGUAGCGCCUCACAUGGUCUACUGUUCCAUCACAGGGUAUGGUCAGACAGGUCCACUGUCUCAGCGAGCUGGGUACGAUGCUGUUGCCUCUGCUAUUUCUGGUCUGAUGCACAUCACAGGGCCUGAGGAUGGAGAUCCAGUUCGUCCAGGAGUGGCCAUGACUGAUCUUGCCACUGGCCUUUAUGCUUAUGGAGCCAUUAUGGCUGGAUUGAUACAAAGAUAUAAAACCGGAAAAGGACUGUUCAUUGAUUGUAACCUACUGUCAUCCCAGGUGGCAUGUUUGACUCACGUCGCCGUGAAUUAUCUUAUUGGCCAAGAGGAAGCGCGGCGCUGGGGCACUGCUCAUGGAAGUAUUGUUCCUUACCAGGCUUUUAAAACCAAGGAUGGAUAUCUCGUAGUUGGAGCAGGAAAUAACCAACAGUUUGCUACUGUGUGCAAGAUCUUGAAUUUGCCUGAACUGAUUGAUGAUUCCAAGUAUAGAACUAACCACCUUCGGGUACAGAAUAGAAAAGAGCUUAUUAAAAUACUAUCGACACGGUUUGAAGAAGAAAUGACCAGCAAGUGGUUACACCUCUUCGAAGGCAGUGGAGUCCCGUAUGGCCCAAUUAACAGCAUGAAGAAUGUGUUUGCAGAACCCCAGGUGUCCUCCCUUGUUUUUCCCCUGACGAGCUGUGGAGUUUCUUGGCCCUGGGUACAUGGAACCGGCCACUUCUGUUCAGAUGUGGGACUGCACCGCUGGCGCCCGUGGCCCAGCUCUCCAUGUGCACCGUGCCAGCACAGCUGCUAGUUCAACUGAAAAUUGAUUUGGGUGAAGUACAAGGCCUGGAACUUGGCGCAGGAAGUGAGACUUUGAUGAAGUGGAAAGGGGUAUGUCUAACCAAAAAAAGAAAGAAGAAAAAAGAUUAGAAGCAUCAAAGAGCAGGAGAUAAUUUUCUGUGGGCCUACUUAUCAAGUGGACCAUUUAUGUUUCAUCUGUGGUUUGAACGUGGUAGACAACAAAAAUUUGCUUGAUGGUCGAAACUGUUCCUAACCAAAAUAAUUUCCUCAUAGUCUCAUGUUCUGAGAAAACUUGCCUUUUUGACUCAACUGAAACAACAAAUGAUUCUUUUUUUUCUGGGAUAGAUGCAAGGGUGUCUACCUUUUAUCCUCUGAUUAUAUGCUACAGACCUUUGCACAGUUAAAAUGAUCCUGCAGGCAUCCACUGUUAAGUCAAUCAGCAGUACUACAGGAGAUUUUGGUCUGUAUUUACUGCUAUCUCUGAGAAAUUUUGAUCCAAAACCCUUUUAGUGGUAGUUUUAUUGUUUUUUCUCCCUCAAUGAUAAAUUAUCUGUGGAAAACUCUGUGCAUUGUAGAAGUAUAAUAUAGAUUAUCUGCAUAUAGAUUUGAAUAGUCAUGUUUCCAAGUGCUUUCUUAAAAUAUCUUCUUUUAAUCAGGCCAAGAUUGUGUAGUACAUUAAAGGAAUUCUUAAAAAGUUUAAAAAACUUACUAGAUGACCUCAGUAUGGUCCUAUUUAACAUACCCUUGGGAACAUGUGCAUGAAAUACAUUGUGGUUUGAGGUUUUCCAACCCAAACAGACUUAAAAGAAAAUGCAGCUUUUAAUAGAAACUAUUCAAAUUCCUGCAAAAAUAGGUAUGGAUCUCACCACUGAGAGGGUUUAAAAGCAUCAUUAUCUACCAUGAGAAUCAAAAGAGAAUGUGUUAUCCUGCUUUUUCUAUUUUGCUCAAGACCGUAAAUUUGGCGGUUCUAGUGUAUCACCAUUUUUGAAUGAAAUGCUCAGUUAAAAAAUAUAUGUGUAUGUGAAUGACUGAACCUCUGAUUAAUGUUUUUCUUUCUCCUUGAUGCCAUGACCUGUGGGUGGGGAAGAGAGGGCAAAGGAUGUCGCAAAACUGGUGUUAUUUAACAGAGUCUUCACAUUUAUACCACACAAGUUGAAUCCAUCAGGUGUAAGACAUCACCCUGAAGCAUCACUUCUGAGAACUAUUGGGAGGGAAAUAUCAGAACUGAAAUAUCACAGCUGGCCCUGAUUUUAACUGGUGCCAAACACCUGCAGACUCUAAAAGGAUACCAAAAUAAAACCCCACCCUGUGGCAGCAAGCCAGCCCUUAACAACCCUUCCUUAACUUUGCAUCACCAUCAAGAUUAAUUUAACAUUUUCUACAGAAACCUUAUUCUUCCUGUCCCAGAAGGCCAUUAUAACUCCUGUAGCCAAUCUUUCGUAUGGGAUAAAUAUGUCAUAGAAACAGAGUGAAGUCUUGAAAUAUUUGAUAGCUUAAAAUUAUCUGUUGUUUUCAUAUCAUUAUUUGUGGAAGCCUGUGAAGUUGGAGGCUUUAUUAAUCUCUAGGCUAGCUCAUAUUCUCCAAGUGACUUUGUUUUAGCACAUUUUGGCAAAAUAUCUGAGCAUCUGGGGGAAAAAAGCCUUCAGGAUUCAUAUAGUAAGUGUCAGAAACUCCCCAAAAUACAGAGCUAUUUUUCAAGUCCUUUCUACCUAUACAUGCAGACACACAUGUGCACACAUGCACACACAUACAUACACACAUGCACUACUGAUGCAUUUUAAAGAUUGCCUUUUGAAUGACAUUAGUUAAUAUUUAUUGAAAUGCAGUUGUGUAGCCCUGGGAGGGUCAUACAAAUCAAGCAAAAUUAUAUCCUUGUUUCUAAUACUGCUGGGAAAUACAUACAUACAGUGCUCCCUGUAACUGGAAAACAGUUGAUGAAGAUCUGAGGUAAAACAGUAUGUCUGGAAAUAAUUCCUAGUAGACAAAAGAGAUACAAAAAUAAAAUUUAUGUAUAUCUCUGAGUAUAUAUGACACAUUUCAGAUAGUGAACAAAUUCAGACAUUUUGUUCUGUGAUACCUGGGUAUAAUAUUUUCAGUUUUGGAAAAAAUAAUCUGUUUCAUACGUAAGUGAUCAAAUGAAAUAAAAAUUGAAAGUUUAAGGAUUCAAUUUUAUAUUAAAAUAUAAGACAAUGAUAUCCAAUUUUAUUUUGUUGUGUUGAAAAGAAUCGUAAUACAGAAAAACCUCAUGCGUUAUCAUGUAAGAGGAAACCUAUUGAAAUGUCAAAUAAAAGUUAAGGUCUUAGUAUUACAUUACUGGCAUUUUAUGUUCAUUCUUUAUGUAUACCUAGGAAAUUUGGAUGCAUCGGGUUUUUUUAAGCUAUCACACUUACAUAUUUAGAUAUCUAACUGGAAUGCCUUGGACAUUACCUGAUUGACAUUGAUGGAGAAAAGGUAAUAGAAUUUAUGUUAAAGAAAAAAGUCUCUCUUUUUGUUAUUUUCAUGAAAGGCAUGGUUCAGGGCAGAGGAGACUAGUCACUUUUUCAUUCUGUCAGUCACUCAGUUAUUUGUUCAGCAAAUAGUAAUUUCUGGCCUGCUAUAUAUGUAUGGUCUUUUAAUUUUUUUUAUUUUUGGCUGCGAUGGGUCUUGUGGCUGCACACGGGCUUUCUCUAGUUGCAGCGAGUGGGGGCUACUCUUCUUUGCGGUGCACGGGCUUCUCACUGCGGUGGCUUCUCUUGUUGCGGAGCACGGGCUCUAGGCCCGCGGGCUUCAGUAGUUGCAGCACGUGGGCUCAGUAGUUGUGGCACGUGGGCUCUAGAGCACAGGCUCAGUAGUUGUGGUGCACGGGCUUAGUUGCUCCACGGCAUGUGGGAUCUUCCCGGACCAGGGAUCGAACCCUGUCCCCUGCAUUGGUAGGUGGAUUCUUAACUACUGUGCCACCAGGGAAGUCCUUUAUGGUCUUGUAUUAGGUAUUUGGCCAGGGGAGGGAUGAAGGAAAACAGUGAAGCACUAGGACAAAGGUGAAACUAUUAAGCAUUCAGGAAGGUUGUACAGUCCAGUUUAAGGUAGAAAGUGUCCCGUGUCACAGAACAGUUACACAAAAAUGCUCUGAGUAUUUUUAGUAGCAAGAAAUGAUAGGUAUAAAGCAUCAUGAGAUUCUCCUAUUUAAUUAAUUAACAAAAGCUUAAAAUCUGACAAAGACUUGCAAAAUGUCUUAAUCAUGAAAUUUACCAAAGAACUCUUUAUCCUUUUAAAUACUCUUUGUAAUUAGCUUAUCAUAUUACUACUAAAUUCCUUCUCAAUGAUUAAGCGGAAUUUAAUGGAGGGUUUCAACUCUAUUCAGUAAUUUUGAAGAUAUUUGUGAUCUGAGAAAGUCUGAAGACUUUUUUAUUUUUGGCAAAAGUUAUUUUCUCUGUCUCUCCUCUUUCUCACAGUUUAUUCAUCAGGCUCCACUUAUCUCCUAUUUCAGAGUAGAGAUUCAUAGUAUAAGCAUUGACUUUUACUGAGCCUUGAACUUUCAAGCCAAAUACAUAAUUUAUUAUUUUGAUUAGUAAAAAAUAGGAAUCAAGAAAGAGUAAUCUCAGGAAAGUGCCAAUAAAAAUCACAGUGAGGAGCUUCCAUACUGUUUUCCAUAGUGGCUGUACAAAUGUACCUUCCCAUCAACAGAGCACAGGGUUCCCUUUUCUCCACAUCCAUGUCAGCAUUUGUUCUCUCUUGUUUUUUUCAUGAUAGACAUCCUAACAGGUGUGAAGUGAUAUCUCACUGUGGUUUUGAUUUGCAUUUGUCUGAUGAUUAGUGAUGUGUACUUUUUCAUGUACCUGUUGGCCAUUUGUGUGUCUACUUUGGAAAAAUGUCUAUUCAAGUCCUUUGCCCAUUUUUAAUAGAAGUAUACAUUAAAUAAUUUGAAGUUUAUCAAUACAGUAGAACAAUAUAUUGCCUUUAUCUCAUGGUUUUGAGGAAUGACAUGGAAAGUGUUCAUUUAUAAAAAUAAAAAUGCAGCAUACAAAAUUGUGUAUAUUGUAUGAUCUCAAUUUUGUAAAACUGUUCUCUUGAAAACAAUCGUAUGUUACUUUGUAAUCAGGAAAAUAAAAGGUUUAAAUAUUCCCAUAGCUUAAAUAGUUUCUUAAGUGGAAAUUUAAAAUGAAUUUUUGUUAUUUUUAAAUAGUUAAAAGAGAUGCCAAUACGGAAUGCUAUGAUUUCACAUAUGUAUUCAAAUGAAAAUACUUUUUUAUUGAGGUGUAACUGACAUAUAACAUUUAUUAGUUUCAAGUGUACAACGUAAUGAUUAGAUAUUUGUAUAUAGCGUGAAAUGAUCACCACAAUAAAUCAAUUUAAAAUCCAUCACCAUCCAUAGUUAAAAAUUUUUUUUCUUAUGAUGAGAGCUUUUAAGAUCUACUUUCUCAGCAACUUUCAAAUAUAUAGCUUAUUAACUAUAGUCCCCAUGCUGUACAUUACAUCUCCAUGACUUAUUUAUUUUAUAGCUGGAAGUUUGUACUUUUUGACUCCCUUUGCCCAUAAAGAUACUUUUAAGUAUCAUUUAUUGUAGUUAUUUACAUACAUUAGAAACAUUCUAGUUGUACUAUUGGUAGUACUGAACAUGAACGAUGAUUGACAAGGACUGAGCACUAUUGAUAUUUUAAGAACUUUUCUAAAAUGAUUAAUAAUGAAGGCGGAAUAGGUACAAAAUGGUGUAUUUGUCACCUAAAGAGAGCUUGGAAUGGAGUUCUACGUUCUUUGAGAACUCAGCAGUUAAAAAUGCACCCUGAAUUUGCAAUUUAUCUCUUUUAUUUUUGUCAGUGUGCUUUAGGUGUUGUACUAAGAAACCACUGACUAACCUAAGGACAUGAAUAUUUACAUCUAUAUUUUCUUAUAAGAGUUUUACAAUAUUUAAGUCUUAUAUUCAGGUCUAUGAUCCAUUUUGAGUGUGUGUGUGUGUGUAUGUGUGUGUAUGUAUGUAUGAAUUUAUCUCAUUGUUCCAGCAUCGUUUGUUGAAAAGAUUAUUCUUUUCCCAUUGAAUUUUCUUGGCACUCUUGUUCAAAAUCCAUUGGCUAUUAAAGAAAGGUUAAUUUCAGAAGUUUGAUUAUUUAAGAGUGUCUUGAUUAAUUUUCAUAUUUGUGUGAAUUUCUCAAACUUUCUAAGUUUGAUUUCUAAUUGUAUUCACUGUGUUUGAAAAACAUACUUUGUGUGAUUUCAACUUCUUCAAAUUUAUGGAGGCUUAUGUUAUGCCCUAGCAUAGAAUCGAUCUGCAGAAUGUUCCAUGUGUUCUUAAGAAGAAUGUAUAUUUUGUUGAAGUAUUCUGUAGAUGUCUAUUAGGUCUUGUUUAUACCAUUGUUUAACUCUUGUAUUUCCUUGCUGAUCUUCUGCCUAGUCAUUAUAUCCAUUAUGGAAAGUUGAGUGUUGACUUCUCCACCUCAUACUCUUGCAUUGUCUGUCUAACCUUUCCGUCAGUUUUUGCUUCAUGUAUUUUUGGGCUCUGUUAUGUGCAUAUAUGCUUAUCAUGGUUAUAUCUUCCUGAUGGAUUGUCCCUUUUAUCA